AUGGAGCAACUCGUGCCUGGCACCAUACAAAGCACAGAUGAUUUGGAAACCAAAGCCAGCAAGGUGAACAACGCCUGGAUCCAACAGUCUCAGUUCUGUUUUUCCCACGGGCAGAUGUGUGAGACACUGCGCCCUGUGGACGUGGACAUGUCUGGCAUGCCCUGCCAAGACAAUAGCCGAGCAAACCACAAAAGAAAGUUCGAGAGGGGGGAACGCUUUGACACCUACCUCGUUUGGGCAAAGAAGCACAGAGUGAUGAAAACCCCACUGAUCAUCUUGGAGAACACAUCAGACAUCAGGCUGGACCCAAUACAGCGUCUCCUGCCGGAGUAUUUCCUCUACCAGCUCCAUGUGACCCCGGGCGAUGUGGGGUACCAAGGGGUGGCAAGCAAAGCAAAAUACCUGCAUAGGGCCGCGAUGCAAUUUUUAACAUCCUAUGACAAGCUGGCCUCGCUCGGCUGGCCGGUCUCGCCGGAAAUGGCGGAGAACAUGCUGUGCACGAAGUUUCCAUGCGCAGAUGUUUACCGCGCGGACAGCGUGGUUG